AUGUUGUCGAUCAAACUCUUCACUCUGUUCAUAGUCAUUUACGCAUCGAGCGGAUCUCAUUCAUCUGAAGAUGAUGAUGCAGAAGAUGCAGUUGUUCUCAUUGGGGAAGGUGUUAGGAAUCAGAAAUGUUCCAAUCACGAGCACAACAUCAUCAAUUUCAUUGUUAUCCUUGCCGAUCCUGAUGUGUCCAUAGACGAGGAGACACCAAUGAAGUUUUGCGAACAUUACUUCAAAUUGAAGAAAACGAUAUUGCCUUGCACCGAUAAAUACCUGCAAGCUAUGCCAAGAGAAAUAAUGAAAUACGUCAGAACUCGAAACAUUCCAUGCGACUGCGAGAAAAUUUUAACUGGUAGUUUGAUGUCACUCCUACAGUGGGCAGAAACGUCCAAAGGCAUGAGCACAGCAUCGGUAAAAAUAAACGCCGUCAGCAAUAGGGGAGAAGUCAGUCAACACGAAAAAGCACAGUACAAGAAGAGUAAGUUUCCGAAAAAGCGAAGCCAUCAAAUCAGGAAACGGGAUCUACGAUCCGACCUUGAAGCCCUUCCCAAGUUCGAGUUCAAACCGAUCUUCAGGAGGGAUUCAGCUAACAUCAAGGAACCAUUUGAUGAACCCUCUUACGAAAAUCCGGUGGUACCUAAAUUUAGUGCGACCAUGAGGAAGUCCUCCACAAACUUCUGCAAGGAUCUUGAGAAAAUGUUAUAUAAACCGAAAAGAGCACAGAAACAUUUGCAAGAAUCCUUCGAUAAUCUUGAUCAAGAAUAUCCUAAAUCUAUUCAAUUGAAGCAUGAAACCGAAGAUCAGCAACCACCGGCUGAUUCGUUCCAAGUGAUGACCAUUGACAGUGACAAAGAUUCGAAGAAGUCGGAUGAUAUGAGCAACGGGGAAAGCACUUUCGUCAAAAAUUCCGUAACCAUGGAUUCCAAGAAGAUACAAAAUAUGGAUGAAGAUGUUAACUUGGAUAGCAGAAAUGACGUUUUCCAACCGAAAGGUGAACGAAAGGAAGAUUUCAUAGUCCUUCCGUUUACGGGAGAUACUCCUAUAGGAAAUGAGGAUGAACAACCACAGCUGAAGAAGGUCGAUUCUCAUCAUCCACCCUUGUACGAAGUCUACCAUCCGAAGGCUAAACGCAGAUACAAUAACAUCAACCCUUAUAGUAAUUCCGAUAUGAAAAAAUCCGAAUCCUUCGUGCAACUCAGGGAUGUGCCGAAGGAUUCGGAUGAAAGUCAGGAUGUGCAAUCCACGGCAAGCGAAGCAAUCAAAACUAUAUCCAAGAUGAAAGGCGUAUCUUCGCAUCACAAUAGUCAUAAGGCAGAUUCUUCACGCACGAAAGAAGUUUCCAGCCCACGCAUGGAUGGUGAUUCUUUGCAGAGUACAGAUCAGUACGAAGGCACGACUACCGAAGCCGAAAUGUCGGAGAUCACCGAAGACACUUCUGAGAAUAGUACCACCAGUGAAGAGGAAGCUUGCAAUGAUGAUAACGAAUCUACGACUGUGAAAUCGACCGAUGCUGAAGUACCCGAUGAACCCAAUAGGAUGGAAGAUAAUCUACCUGAGCAGUCGCCACCUGCUGAAAAUAUUUGGGAGCUACUGAAUCUGAUGAACUCUAUUAAAUCUUCGUUCAUGACCGGUUUCUUCAAUUCAAUUUGGGGUGGUAUGAAUGCGAAUAAUAUUGGUGAAGGACCAACAAUGGAAUCGAUGGUCGGCUCAAUGCUUGAUCAUCUGAAUAAGCUCAGUGAGUUGCACGGGUACAUUGCGAUUAUUCAUGGUGGAAGGAUGUCGGAUUUGAAUAAUGUUACUUCUGAUUUGGUGAAAACUCUGAUCAACAUUAAGCAGAACGCAGGACAAAAUACGGUUGUCGUCUUGACAGGCUCGUGUCCGUCGAAGGAGAAGGUCAAGAAAUGUGAGGAUGAUAUCAAGCUUCCAUUGUUCGUAGCAGGGCCACAUGCAAGUAAAUUCAAAAAUUGCAAUGAGCUGUACGACAUCUCGCAAAACAUCAAAUGCGUUCUGGAGAAGCACGUGAAUCACGCUCGAAGCAUGGAUUCGUUCCCAGUAGAAAGCGACAGGUCUUUGGCGGAAGCUCUAGUGGAACCAAGGGAAUACUACGACCUUCUGGAAGAGCAUUCCCAAAAACGGAAGAGAUCUGCCGUCAAUGUAAAUACGGAAAUCAUUAAAAAUAAUUGCGAGAGAACGAUGCUGACGCGUUUGGUUAUCUCGUUCAUUUGUUUCCUAAUAUUUCGGUCUGCAUUUUAGAAGCAAAGGUACCAACCCCCAAAAAAAAAAUGCAAAGCAAAAUCCAAUAAACAGUGUGAACGUUAACAGCUUUUGUUAUAUAAGAUUGUGGUAUACUUUCUUUCGUUU